GUUAAACCUCAGGGCCAUCUCUCAUUCACUGUCUAAGACAGCAACAGCACCAGGACAGCCCCUAGUGUAAUACCUACAUCCAUGGAGACAUGAAGUGUUUGCCGUUCAUGUUCGUGUGUUGGUGCUCCAGCAUCCUACCAGUCACCAGCUGCAUCAAAGUUGAUGGAUACUCAUGUGUGACUGCCUUUUGGAACACAAUUACUUGUGUCUUGAACAUCACUGGUAAUCCCGUGGGACCCAACACCACCUACAGCCUGGAAUUCAUUGACAAUGAAGAAAGGAUUUCCUGCCCACUUGUGGUGACAAAUCACAGUUACAGCUGUGUCUGUAAGAUCCGGAAAGACUCACACGUUUUUUCAAGUUAUGAUGAAUAUGACUUGAAACUUUGUUAUGAAUCUAGCUGUCAUUCUUUAACAGAGCAUUUUCAACCAACACAGAACAUUGAGCUGACACCUCCACAUCAAGCUGAGGUCCAACAAACACCAAAGACUUUCAACAUCACUUGGAAAAAUGGGUAUGAAGACCAUCAGUACUUGGACAAUGGCCUUGACUAUGAACUCUUACUUCAAACAUCUCAAAGCACUGAGAACAAAAUUCUUCGUUCCAAUUCACUCGAGAGUUAUCUAUUGAUCCAAAGGUCAAUACUUAAACCAAAUGCUAUAUAUUGCAUUCAAGUGAGAUCUAUACCUAAUAGUGUUGACUAUAAUGCAACUUGGAGUAAAUGGAGUCCAUCGACAUGCUGGGAAAAUGAAGCAGCAGAAGAACAAGAUUAUACAUUAGUCAUUUUGAUCAAAUCUUUGGGUCCAGUGUGUGUGGCUGUUGGAGUCUUGCUGUUUGUAUUCUGCAGUCCUGCUGCAAGACUGAAGAUAAAAACUCUGUCCCAGACACCAUCGCCUGCCCCUUUCUUCCAACCUCUAUUUCAACAACACGAAGGCAAUCUCCAGAAAUGGCUUUCACAUCAACACCAAUUUGUGCUUACAUACAAAACUGAGGAGACCUUGACAAUCGAUCCCGUGAUUGUUGUGCCGAAACCCAUUAAAAAGGACCCAGAGGAGAACCAGGACUUCCACAACCCGCCAGUAACACAACUGGCAUUCCAUCAGUGUCAAGCCUCCUAUGUUGGCUUACCCGGGAUACACGAGGCCUCCCCGCCCUUAACUAUGGUCUGUCCAGGGGACAUGCCUUACACUCAGCUCCCUUGCUCUGUCUGGGGGGUUGGCAUUAAAGAAGUAAAAGUUGUCUGCACUCCUCCUGAAGAUUUCCUCAACAUGAGCCGUGCGGAUUCUGGCUGCAGCUGUGAGGACCUGACCCAAAGCCCAGAGUGCAGUUUACCGAACAAUCCUAUUGAUGACAGUCCACCACCAUGUUUCUGUAGUGAUUACUGCAUUCUCAACAAAACCGCAGAAGGUUUUGCUCCUGUGUUAAUGUCCAAAGGGAGCAGCCUAAAUGUUCCAUCUAAUUCCCUGCAAGAGUGCGAGAGCUAAAAAUAAGAAGUGAUCCUGUCAGUUGGUUUGGAGAAAGCAAAAUGUAUAUUAUGACUGGUCACAAUGGCUGUAUAUUGCAUUGCAGGAAAAGGUCAUAAUCAGACAAUGCUUGCAUGCUCACAUACACACGUACUGUAUGUUAUGUGUUCCAGAUAGCACUUUUUAUCACUUGAAUUUCCUACAACAUCUAUAAACCAUUUGAAUGUACCUCAGUACCUUUCUUUUUAUGAAGCAAACAUAAACACAACAUAUUUGCAAUACUAACUGCAAAAUGUGAUGACAUGUGAAUGUGCGUUUAAUGCUUAGCCUAAUAUUUUUUAGUUAUGUACUUUGCCUUCAACUUUUAUAUGAAGUAAGUAAUUUCUGAGUUGAAAAAUCCAACAAAGUGAAAUGAGUAGCUUUGCAAUAGCUUUACUGGCUUGAGAGAGAUGAUUAUAGUUAUUUGCUGGACCAGCAUCCAUUUUUGAAUUCUUGCACUGCUGGUGUUGAUCAACUAAAAACAUAUUGCCUGGGUGAGGCCUGUUGACAAUGUUCUUUAAAUGAAUAGAAUGGGCCAAAUGCUCAGGAUGUACAGUAUUUCUCCAAGAAGAUCAAUAAAGAAUAAUCU